ACGUGGGCCAGUGACUCCGUCCUUCCCGCAGCGGCCGCGGCGCGCAGGGCACUUGGGUUAGUGGCGCGGCGGGCGGCGCGGACAGCCGAGCCGGACGCCCCGCUCCCGCCGCCAUGGUCAUCAAGACGGACGAGCUGCCGGCCGCCGCUCCGGCCGACAGCGCCCGAGAUCACAGCCUGCCAGCCGGAGGCAAGGGGCGGCCGGGCGCGGCCGAGCCGCCAUCCGUCAUGCUGCUGAAUGGAGACUGCCCAGAGAGCCUGAAGAAGGAGGAGGGGGUGGCUGAGCCGCCGCGGGAAAACGGGCUAGAUGAGGCUGAGGCGGGGGAUGAGACCACUGGACAGGAAGUCAUCGUCAUUCAGGACACAGGCUUUUCUGUGAAGAUCCUGGCCCCUGGGAUCGAGCCCUUCUCCCUACAGGUAUCACCCCAGGAGAUGGUGCAGGAGAUCCACCAAGUGCUCAUGGACCGUGAGGACACGUGUCACCGCACGUGCUUCUCCCUGCACCUGGAUGGCAACAUGUUGGACCACUUCUCAGAGCUCCGCAGCAUAGAGGGCCUGCAGGAGGGCUCAGUGCUCCGUGUGGUGGAAGAGCCAUACACAGUGCGGGAGGCCCGCAUCCAUGUGCGUCACGUCCGAGACCUGCUCAAGAGCCUGGACCCAGCUGAUGCCUUCAACGGAGUUGACUGCAACUCCUUGUCUUUCCUGAGUGUCUUCACGGAUGGUGACCUGGGAGACAGCGGGAAGCGGAAGAAGGGCUUGGAGAUGGACCCCAUUGACUGCACGCCGCCCGAGUACAUCCUGCCGGGUAGCCGGGAGCGGCCACUGUGUCCCCUGCAGCCCCAGAACCGUGACUGGAAGCCCUUGCAGUGCCUGAAGGUGCUCACCAUGAGCGGCUGGAACCCACCCCCUGGGAACCGCAAGAUGCACGGGGACCUCAUGUACCUGUUUGUGAUCACAGCUGAGGACCGGCAAGUCAGCAUCACGGCAUCCACACGGGGCUUCUACCUGAACCAGUCCACAGCCUAUCACUUCAACCCCAAGCCCGCCAGCCCCCGCUUCCUGAGCCACUCCCUGGUGGAACUGCUCAACCAGAUCAGCCCGACCUUCAAGAAGAACUUCGCGGUGCUGCAGAAGAAAAGGGUCCAGCGCCACCCGUUCGAGAGGAUCGCCACCCCGUUCCAGGUGUACAGCUGGACUGCCCCCCAGGCUGAGCACGCCAUGGACUGUGUGCGCGCUGAAGAUGCCUACACUUCCAGGCUGGGCUACGAGGAGCACAUCCCUGGACAGACGCGGGACUGGAAUGAGGAGCUGCAGACAACAAGGGAGCUUCCCCGCAAGAACCUGCCUGAGCGGCUGCUCCGAGAGAGAGCCAUCUUCAAGGUGCACAGUGACUUCACUGCGGCAGCCACACGAGGCGCUGUGGCUGUCAUUGAUGGCAAUGUGAUGGCCAUCAACCCCAGCGAGGAGACCAAGAUGCAGAUGUUCAUCUGGAACAACAUCUUCUUCAGCCUGGGCUUCGAUGUCCGUGACCACUACAAGGACUUUGGUGGGGAUGUGGCAGCAUAUGUGGCCCCCACCAAUGACCUGAAUGGUGUGCGCACCUACAAUGCGGUGGACGUGGAGGGACUCUACACGCUGGGCACGGUGGUGGUGGAUUACCGAGGCUACCGAGUCACGGCGCAGUCCAUCAUUCCCGGCAUCCUGGAGCGAGACCAGGAGCAGAGCGUCAUCUAUGGCUCCAUUGACUUUGGCAAGACGGUGGUGUCGCACCCGCGGUACCUGGAGCUGCUGGAGCGCACCAGCCGGCCCCUCAAGCUCCUGCGGCACCGUGUGCUCAACGACCGCGAUGAGGAGGUGGAGCUGUGCUCCUCGGUCGAGUGCAAGGGCAUCAUUGGCAACGAUGGCCGCCACUACAUCCUCGACCUGCUGCGCACCUUCCCGCCUGACCUCAACUUUCUGCCCGUGCCUGGUGAGGAGCUGCCUGAGGAGUGUGUCCGUGCCGGCUUCCCCCGCGCCCACCGGCACAAGCUCUGCUGUCUGCGCCAGGAAUUGGUGGAUGCCUUCGUGGAGCACAGGUACCUCCUCUUCAUGAAGUUGGCUGCCCUGCAGCUGAUGCAGCAGAAGGCUGGCAAGGCCGAGGGCCCUGCCACGCUGGAGAAUGGUGGGCCUCUGUCCUCAGAUGCUACACCUGAAGACUGUCCGGGGCCUGAGGCAGGAAGUGAAGAGGAGGGCAACAAUGCAAGCGGCCUGGCCAAGGUGAAGGAGCUGGCAGAGACCAUUGCGUCCGACGAUGGCACAGCAGACCCUCGGAGUCGGGAGGUGAUCCGCAAUGCGUGUAAGGCUGUCGGCUCCAUCAGCAGCACGGCCUUCGAUAUCCGCUUCAACCCAGACAUCUUCUCUCCAGGUGUGCGCUUUCCUGACUCCUGCCAGGAUGAAGUCCGGGACCAGAAGCAGCUGCUGAAGGAUGCAGCUGCCUUCCUGCUGUCCUGCCAGAUCCCUGGCUUGGUGAAGGACUGUGCGGAGCAUGCGGUGCUGCCCAUGGAUGGGGCCACACUGGCUGAGGUGAUGCGCCAGCGUGGCAUCAACAUGCGCUACCUGGGCAAGGUGCUGGACCUGGUGCUGCGGAGCCCAGCCCGUGAGCAGCUGGACCACAUCUUUAAAAUCGGCAUCGGAGAGCUCAUCACCCGAUCUGCCAAGCAUAUCUUCAAGACGUACUUGCAGGGUGUGGAGCUCUCAGGCCUUUCAGCUGCCAUCAGCCACUUCCUGAACUGUUUCCUGAGCUCCUACCCCAACCCUGUGGCGCACCUGCCGGCUGACGAACUAGUCUCCAAAAAGAGGAACAAGCGGAGGAAAAACCGGCCCCUGGGCGCUGCAGACAACACGGCCUGGGCCGUCAUGACCCCGCAGGCGCUCUGGAAGAACAUCUGCCAGGAAGCCAAGAACUACUUUGACUUCAGCCUCGAGUGUGAGACCGUGGACCAGGCUGUGGAGACAUACGGGCUGCAGAAGAUCACACUGCUGCGUGAGAUCUCCCUGAAAACUGGAAUCCAGAUCCUGCUGAAGGAGUACAGCUUCGACAGCCGCCACAAGCCCGCCUUCACCGAGGAGGACGUGCUCAACAUCUUCCCCGUGGUCAAGCACGUCAACCCCAAGGCCUCGGAUGCCUUCCACUUUUUCCAGAGCGGGCAGGCCAAAGUACAGCAGGGCUUCCUGAAGGAGGGCUGUGAGCUCAUCAGCGAGGCCCUGAACCUCUUCAACAACGUGUAUGGAGCCAUGCACGUGGAGAUCUGUGCCUGCCUGCGCCUCCUGGCCCGCCUCCACUACAUCAUGGGCGACUACGCCGAGGCCCUGAGUAACCAGCAGAAGGCAGUGCUGAUGAGUGAGCGAGUGCUGGGCAUCGAGCACCCCAACACCAUCCAGGAAUAUAUGCACCUGGCCCUGUACUGCUUCGCCAGCAGCCAGCUGUCCACGGCCCUGAGCCUGCUAUACCGUGCUCGCUACCUCAUGCUGCUGGUGUUCGGGGAGGACCACCCAGAGAUGGCUCUGCUGGACAACAACAUUGGGCUGGUGCUGCAUGGGGUGAUGGAGUAUGACCUGUCGCUGCGCUUCCUGGAGAAUGCGUUGGCUGUCAGCACUAAGUACCACGGACCCAAAGCCCUCAAGGUGGCACUCAGCCACCACCUGGUUGCCAGGGUCUACGAGAGCAAAGCUGAGUUCCGCUCAGCCCUGCAGCAUGAAAAGGAAGGCUAUACCAUCUACAAGACCCAGCUGGGCGAGGACCACGAGAAGACCAAGGAGAGUUCCGAAUACCUCAAGUGCCUGACCCAGCAGGCCGUGGCCCUGCAGCGCACCAUGAAUGAGAUCUACCGCAAUGGCUCCAGCGCCAACAUCCCACCCCUCAAGUUCACAGCCCCCAGCAUGGCCAGUGUCUUGGAGCAGCUCAACGUCAUCAAUGGCAUCCUCUUCAUCCCGCUCAGUCAAAAAGACUUGGAGAAUCUGAAGGCCGAGGUGGCACGCCGGCAUCAGCUGCAGGAAGCCAGCAAGAGCAGGGACAAGGCUGAGGAGCCCAUGGCCACUGAGCCUGAGCCAGCGGGGGCUCCCCAGGACAUGGCUUCCCAGCCCGGGGCUGCCAAGGACUCCUCUUCGCCGAGCCUGCAGGCGUAGAAAGGGACACAGACGGACAGUCGGCGGCCCCGUUACUCCCUGAGGAAGGGGAGUGCCCUACAGACCGCGAGAGGAGGCGAGGCCCUCUUCCUCCAUGUUCCACCCCCACCCCACCCCAGCUUCCUCUGGGAUCUGGCAUGGCUUGCCCAUCCGCCCCCCAAAAGAUGUUUUUGCACUGGUCAGUGAGUACACGACGCAGAGGCCUGAUGGGAAACACUUGAAUGGUGUGUGUGGUGUCCCUCCCGGCUGGGGGCAGGUGCCUGCAGGCCUCGCCCUCAAGCAGGUAUACGUGAGUGUGUCCUUGCCCGAGAGUGGCUUGCUCAUCCCUCCUGCCUUGUACAUAGCCCUCUGUCCCUUCCGAGUGGGUGACAUGCAGAUGCGACUUCUCAGGUCAUAAUGUGUAUUCCACCUGGUGGCUGCUGCUGCUGCUGCCACAGCCUGGGCCUACCCUGGCUCAGAGUCCGGUUGCAAGCCGCAAUCAAAGAGGGGGUCGGAGCUGGGAGCUGCCAGUGCACCUUGCUCGUGAUGAUUGGCUAUAGCUUUGGGGUGCGAAAGAGGAGUUGAGCAGCAUGGUUUCCCAGACUCCAUGUGCCCAGCAGGAGGUGCUGCCAUAGGCUCCUCCCUACUCCCAGCACCCAGUGGGGAUAACCUUGGGGGCUGUGGUCUGAAUGUAUCUUCUCCCCAUUUUAACCUGAGCUGCCUAACGCACACUGGGGGUGUGGGUGGGGUGGGGAAGCUAGGGCUGAAUCAUGGAUCCUGGGGGGACACUGGCAGACACAGCAUAGUUGUUGCCUCUCCAAGGGGCCUGCCUGGUCCUCGCCACACAGGCACUUUUCUACAAAGCAGCUGAGGGGCUGGCAGGUGCGCCCUGCCACUCCCCUCUCCCCGCCUGUCUGUGUUCUGCAGCCCAGGUCACUGCCUCUGAGCCCACACAAGGGUCCCUUUAAGUGAGGGGGCCUUACAGGGAGGGCUGCUCCUGGGUGUGGCCUGUCCAGACACCUUGUUUCAAAGGGAGUGGGCCGGAGGUAGCAAGCGUCCCACAGCUGAUCAAGAACUUUGUCUUGUUUUUAAAACCAUCACGUCUUCAUUUCACAUUGGAAUAAAGUGCAUUUUUGAAACCUG